UAUUCCUCUCGAUUGCGGGUGGACCAUGCUCAACCUCAUGUCUCGGUCAGAUUGGCAGAUCCGGCAAAGCAUUGCAUUGCGUUAUCGGUGCCUUCUCGUCAUGUUCAUGCAGAAGCCAGUGACACAUGUCAAAUCCCCUUGGCUGUUGGUGGCCGCUCCUCGGUCGCAGCUGCAGCUGGUAGCUGGUUGAUAUGCCUUUGGCCAGUCGUUUGUGCAGUUGAUUCUGGAGUCGCUCCGAUAAGAAGCCUUAUGUACGUCUUCUUGUUCCGACAGGUCGGUCGCGAGUUCAUGCCUUUGGUUGAACUAGUAAGUAGCUGCUCCAUGGUAGGUGCACCACUGCGCCCGUCCGACCUACUACAAGCCGACAUCCAGCCAACGGGUUUUGACCACACACACUGUUGCCCUGGCAUCCCCCAAGGUAGCACGCUAUAG